CUGUACUCACUGUUACUUGCUUUAAUGGCGGAUGAAUGUCUCCACUCUUUGCAGCUCGAGCUCGAGGCCGUGGGGAAGCAGAUUCGCGACCUGGAACAGAAGCAGGCCCAGCUGAGAGAGCGGAGAGCCGCGCUGGAAUCAUCCCGGGCUGACGCUCACAAGUCCGGGGUAAGUAUACAGCGUGCUGUUAACAGUCCCACCACGUCUACUCCGUGUGUUUCUCUGCGCAGGCCCGGUGCACCCAGGACGCGAUCUUCCCAGAUGUCCUUCACUGCAACGCCGGGACACCACGGACCCUGGGUGCAUCCACAGCGGAGGACGCGAGCUGGGUCCCGGGCGACGACUUCUCCCCCUCCUGCCUUCGAGCUCUCCAUCCAGAACCGCUUCGCUCCCCUCCGCGAGACAGGACGCGACGCUGUGAUCAUCGGAGACUCCAUCGUCCGACACGUAAGUGCUACGUUAGCCGAAGGUAAAGUGCACACUCAUUGUUUGCCUGGUGCUCGUGUUCUCGAUGUUUCUGCGCAGAUACCCGCGAUCCUGAAGGACAGCGAGAGCCCCAGAGCGGUCGUGCUUCACGCCGGGGUUAACGACACCACGCUGCGGCAGACGGAGACGCUGAAGAGGGACUUCAGGAGCCUGAUCGAGACGGUUCGCAGCACGACGCCCGCGGCGACGAUCGUCGUGUCAGGACCACUGCCCACGUAUCGACGAGGACACGAAAGACUGUUUCGCGCUGAUGGAUUACACCCCAGCAAAAUUGGAGCGGAGCUUCUCUCUGACAACAUCUCCAGGACACUUCGCUCCAUGUGACUAGUAAGACAAUUCUCAAAUAACCAUUAUGAUGAGUUUUGUUCUAACCGCUUAAAUGCUAAAGGUACUUGCGCUGUAAAACCUAUUAAGACUGUGUCUGUUCCCCGAAUAGUGAGGUCAAAAUAUAAAUAUAAUGUAGGAUCUAGAAAAAAUCUUAUCGUAAUUAAACCAGAAAAAUGUAAAGUAAAUGAACAAAAACAAUUUUUAAAAUUUGGGCUCAUAAAUAUUAGAUCACUCGCACCAAAAGCAGUUAUUGUAAAUGAAAUGAUCACAGAUAAUAGUUUUGAUUUACUCUGCUUGACUGAAACCUGGGUAAAACCAAAUGAUUAUUUUGGUCUAAAUGAGUCUACUCCACCAAACUACUGUUAUAAGCAUGAGCCCCGUCAGACUGGUCGUGGCGGGGGUGUUGCAACAAUAUAUAGUGAUAUUCUCAAUGUUACCCAGAAAACAGGAUACAGGUUUAACUCUUUUGAAAUACUUCUGCUAAAUGUUACUCUGUCAGACAUGCAAAAGAAAUCUAAUAUAUCUCUUGCUCUGGCUACUGUGUAUAGACCACCAGGGCCGUAUACAGAAUUCCUAAAAGAAUUUGCAGAUUUCCUCUCAGACCUUCUAGUUACAGUUGAUAAGGCGCUAAUCAUGGGAGAUUUUAAUAUUCACGUUGAUAAUGCAAAUGAUACAUUAGGACUUGCGUUUACUGACCUAAUAAACUCCUUUGGAGUCAAGCAAAAUGUCACCGGGCCCACUCAUCGU